AUGAAAUUCAAGGAUAAAAGUGUGACCGAAAAAUUGGCAGGUUCAUUUGCAAUAGCUUUGCCUGAAUACUUGGUACGAUAUGAUGAUGAGUGUGAUACGGUAUUCGAAAAGAUCGAGGCUGAAAUGCGACCUGCUAACUACCCACUUCUGGACUCUGCCUAUGACGACAAUAAAACGACUUUUGAAAAAGUUGCAGCAAAAAUACGUCCGAUGCAUCUAAAAAUGAAACGGAGGAAGAUGAUAACCAGAGAGCAGCCCAUCACGAGAUAUGCCCCUGUGAUUGCAAAGAAAAAUAUCAUUGUGGAUAUGCAAGGUAAAAAGUUGCGUGUAGUUGCAACUAUCCGCAAAGGAGGAGACGAUAAUGUGCUUGGCAAUAUACCAUAUCUUCUAGCGGGCAAACCAGUGCAAGUUCCUACUGCAGCGGGUGUUGUGACAGAAACGUGGGAGGAUGUAUACGGAAAUAAUGUGAGGGUUACAGAAGAACUAAAAAAACUGAAAAUCGCGACAGAGGAAGCGCUUAGGAAGGAUGAAGACGAGAAAUAUCAGAAAGAUCGGAUGAAAAAAAUCAACGUUAUGCUUAACAUUUGCAAUCUAGACAUGGCAAACAAGCAAGAGCUAAAAAAGAAUCAGCAAAAGUUCGAAAUCAAAUCGAUGAAUCAGAAGGACCUGAUCAAAGUACUCAAAGCCAACAAGGAAGAUGAUGUUGUCAUUCAGCAUACUCAGUGUAUGUCAUUUAUUCCAGUCAAAUUACACCAUCUUUUAACUCAGCCAACUGACUCAUGCAAGUGCUCACAUUUCGAGUGCAGCGUUAUCAUUUCACCAGUAAAAGCUCACUUUUACGAGAUUCAACCUCAUCCCCAAGAAAAAGUCAGUGCCUUUUUUGCUCGAGAUACCUUAUAUUUAUGA